AUGGCCUAUCCUCCUGCUCCAGGUGCCACCAACUCGUCGCUCCCUCCGCGUCCGCCGCCCUCCAAAGUCUCCGGCUUCAAGCCUGCCUUUUCAUCAGCAGCACCAACACAUACAUCCAGUCCUGGCGUCUCUGCCAGUCCCUAUACCCCUCCCACCUACUCGAGCGCCCCGAGCUAUCCCGGCGCACCAGCUACUCAGUAUGGCGCUGGUCGUGGCACACCCUACCAAUCAUAUCCUCAACAAGGAGCCAUGAACUACAGCCAGGGCUACCAACAGUCAGGUUACCCGCAAGGCCAAGGCUACUACGCUACAGCAGCACCCGCAGACAGCAGCACAUAUGCCGCAGCUCCCCAGAUUCGCAACCCAUUUCCGGCACCGAGCGUCCAGGCGCAGAACAGCGACUAUGACCCCGACAUGGCCGCGCAAAUUGCCCAAUGGCAAAGCGCAUACGUCAAGGACCCCAAGGACGCAGGCGCGGCAGCAGCCGCAGCAGCAGCAGCAGCAACAGCUAGGCCGGGGGCGCCAGCAACGACAUAUUCAGCAAAUCCCACCGCCACUCCCAACGCUACAGUGCCAGCAGAGGGAGAGAAGAAAAAGACGGUCGUGAGAGAAGGUGGAGGCAAGAAGUGGACCGAUGACUCCUUGUUAGAAUGGGAUCCUGCCCACUUGCGAUUGUUUGUGGGUAACCUAGCUGGCGAGACAACAGAUGAAUCUUUGGCCAAGGCCUUCUCACGUUGGAGAUCGUUUCAGAAGGCGCGUGUUGUUCGCGACAAAGUCACGAGCAAGAGUAAAGGAUUUGGUUUCGUUAGCUUCAGCGACCCAGAUGACUUCUUUCAGGCUGCCAAGGAAAUGAAUGGCAAAUAUAUCCAGAGUCAUCCAGUCGUGGUCCGCAAAAGCACAACCGAAAUCAAACCUCACACUGUCAAGGACAAGCGUAACAACGGGAAAUGGAACAACAAGAACAAGAACAAAAAUCGCAGUGGCAACGGAAACGGUGGCAGCGAGGGCAACUUCGAACCUGGCCUUGGUCCUGCUAGUGGAGGGGUCGUAAAGCCGGGCCAAAAGACCAAGAAUGGUCUCAAGCUUCUUGGUUAA